AUGCAGCAUGAACACCACCGAGUGCCGGUAACAGCACUUUCAUUCUGGGAUCAAAAUGUCCUACUUUCUGGAGAAGGUUCUCUGCUCAAGGCAUACGACACCGAGCAGAAAAACCUGUUAGAUGCCGUGGAAGUACUUCCAGAUCAGGCGAUCCACGGGAUCAUCGUCGAAGAUGACUCGAUCUUUGUAUGGGGCGGACGACUUUUCUGCCAGCUCUCUGCGUGCUACAAAUCUACCGGAUCUCUGGAUUUCAGCAUAGGCCCUGUGUUCGAGGCCGAAGAUUGGAUCCUGGAUGCCAGCUUUUCCCYUGCCUCAUCUCAGGACAGCCGGCGAGUCGCACUUUUGACCGCACAUAACGCACUAUUUGUUGCAUCGUUAUCAAAGUCUCUCCAAGUGAGCCUUGAACCGCAAAUACCCGGAUCGAACUGCAUACUUUAUGCAGCUCAUGUCACAUGGCUAAGUGCUUCCAAAUGUCUCAUUGCUUCAGGUACAGCUUUUGGCGAUGUUAUUAUAUGGUCUUGCUCAAUCGGGAAGGGAAAUCGUGAGGCUUCAUCUACCCAUGAGACGCACUACAACUUCCUAGCCCACGAGGGUUCCGUCUUCGGCGUGAAGAUCUCCUCUACAUCCGUUGCCUCUGCACUUGGUGGGCGAAUGCACGUACUGGCAAGUUGCAGUGAUGACCGUACAAUCCGUCUAUGGGACAUUUCCAAUCUAGCUUCCAUGAGCUCUGUACCAGGUGAAACACAGCGUGAGACUGGGUUUGGCACACAGGUAGCCCACGACUCCGCCGCUCCCACAUGCCUAGGCCAGACUAUGGGCCACGGAUCCCGUAUCUGGCAAACGCAUUUCUUCCCAGAAAAAUCAAUACAUCCCGAGGCCGAACUUCCAGAAACAGUCCAUGUAGUUUCUUUCGGCGAGGAUGCAUCAUGCAUCACUCAUAGGCUGGGGCCCAGCCAUAAUCACAGCUCUAUCUACUCGAUGAAGCAGUUGGAGAUUCAGAAGUGUCAUUCUGGGAAGAACAUCUGGUCCGUAGCGACCGAUCAGACAAGCCGAAUCGCCACGGGAGGUGCCGAUGGAUCGAWUGCUCUCCGAUCGUUUGCGGACCUGCAGGGCCAUGGUCAGCCAGAAGAAAUUGUACGCAGUGUGCCUGGUGAAAAGAACCAGUCAAGCAGCUUUAGGACAUAUUCCUUCAUCAGUCCAUCUGCGCUCAUACUUACCACCAACUCCGGAGAAUUGAUGAUGAUGUCUCUGCAUGCCCAGGGUGGUUCUUCUUGCAAACAAGUUUCUUAUCCUAUUGACACCUUGGUUGGUUACUCUACUAUGGCUGGCUUACCCUCUAUUGCUUUCUCCGCCGGGACCCGGGGCUGUGUGCAUGCAUACUUUCACGAGCUUGGAAAGGUAUUGAAGGUGACAGAUUCUGGCUCCAAGGUGGCCGGGCUUUUCACCCAGCCACCACGAGAAAAUGAAACGGCUGCUCGAUUUCAGCAGUUACUCAUUACCAACGUAGGAUCGCAGUCAGCCACUCUGUGCCAGAUUAAGCCGCCGGUCGCAGGAGAAACCGAUGACCGCAUCGAAAUGGCGAAUAACACUCUCAGUCUCCCAGCCGACUUCGUGGUAACAAGUUUCGCUCAUGCCACGCAUGUCGACCAUAGGCUAGUUGUCCUUGGUUCAAGAAGUGGCUCUAUUGCAGUGUAUAUCGUACCGGAUCCUUGUGAGUCUUCAAUAAACCCCCAGUUGCUACAUCGAUCAGUCCACGGCAAAGAGGCAGUAACAUGUUUGCGCUUCGUGAAGGACAAUGAUCCCCGCUCGACGAACAUCUCUUUCCUCUCCACAGGUCGCGAUGGUACGUACGCUGGACAUAGGCUAGAGCUGUCUACCGAAAACCUGCAAAUGAAUACCGAGCAUCAACUUUCUCUCCCUUUUGGACCCAAUAUAGAAGGCAUGGGCUAUUCUCCUGCGGGCCAGCUAUGGAUCUGGGGAUUUCGAAGCAAGCAUUUCGUGGUCUGGAACAUCAACACUCAACAGGAAGUCAUGAAAGUGGAAUGUGGCGGUGCCAACCGCAACUGGGCGUUCCAGCUUGGCGAGAAUGGAGGCACAUUUGUCUGGACCAAAGCCAGCAAAGUGUACUACGAGGCUCACACUGGACAGCCGUUUCAAGCCUUCAAUUCUGGAGGCCACGGGAGAGAGAUCAAGUCGCUCGCCAUCUCACCCACGGAUCCUCAAAUCAUUGCCACCGGCGCUGAGGACACGGAUAUCAAGUUGAGUACGUACAAGAAUGGCACCAUCCGAUGUCUGCACACAUUGCAGAAGCACAAUACAGGUAUCCAGCACUUAAAGUGGUCUGCUGAUGGCCAGUACUUAUUCUCGAGUGGCGGCUUCGAAGAGUUCUACGUUUGGAAAAUCAGCUACGACGUACCUUGCCUUGAUGUAUGGGUACUUUGCGAGUCCGCACAUCCCAACAGCGGGUCAUCUGAUCUUCGCGUAAUGCAUUUCGACGCGCGGUCUUCUGGCAGUGGUGAUGAUGAAGCAUACUUGAUCACCAUGGUAUAUUCCGACUCGAGCGUGCGGGCUUGGCGAUACGUUUCAAAGUCAUGGUCGAUCCUUGCUGCGGGAAACUACAUCACUUCAUGCCUAACACAAUCCCUGCUAUCUCCGAACGAUGAGACGGGAUUAACAACUGGAAGCACCGACGGUCAUUUGGGAGUGUGGAAGAUUGAUACUGAACGGGAGUGCGUGGAGUGGACUUUCCGACAUCAGGUGCACCAAAGUGCCAUUUUGAGUCUCAUAUCUCAUGAUCUCAUCGACGAUGCUCGAUUAUUCAUCACGGGUGGCGACGACAACGCAAUUGGUGUCACGCGGAUGGAGGGUUCCAAAGGAGAGCCUCGCACGUUACUCGUCCCUCGAGCUCACGCGGCGGCUGUGACGGCGUUGGCUAUUGUUGGGCAAGAAGGCAAUGGUCUACGGCUGGUGUCUGCCAGUAUAGACCAGCGCAUCAAGCUCUGGCAGAUCGAUGUGGAUGUUGAGAAGCCAGGCGUUGAUGGCAUCGAUGUCAAACUGCUGCAAACUUCGUCAACGGCGGUCGCGGACGUCUCUAGCAUUCAGACGAUCCGCUUCGACUCUGGUGAGAGCGGCGUGCUGGUAUGCGGAGUGGGCAUGGACUUUUGGAAGAUGUGA